GGAUGGUGUUCGUGUAGAGGAAGUUUUGUUUUGCGAGUUUUCCGUCCGUGUCGACUGACUGGCUGCUAAGUUAAUGCUCUCAAAAGAACACGAAAUGAUAUUAGUGUGAAUUGCAUUACCGGCAACCGCUCGACUGUUCACGGAGAGAAUAAAAGCCCGAGCUGUUUGAAGUGGCGCGGCGCUACACUUCAGAGUAAUCCGAGAGCACCUUCCUGCUAAGCUAACAUUACCUAGCUAGUUAGCGCGGCUAGCGGUAGGCUCUGGUUUGCGUUGUGUUGAAGGGGCUCUCCGAGCUAACGAAGCCAUGGGGAACCGGGGUAUGGAGGACCUGAUUCCCCUGAUCAACAAGCUUCAAGACGCGUUCAGCUCCAUUGGCCAGAGUUGUAAUUUAGACCUUCCUCAGAUCGCUGUGGUCGGUGGACAGAGUGCUGGAAAAAGCUCAGUCUUGGAGAAUUUUGUUGGCAGGGACUUUCUUCCUCGCGGAUCAGGCAUUGUUACCCGUAGACCUCUCAUUUUGCAGCUGGUCAACAAUAAAGCAGAAUAUGCUGAAUUCCUGCACUGCAAAGGGAAGAAGUUUGUGGACUUUGAGGAGGUGCGGGCCGAAAUUGAGUCGGAGACCGACAGGAUAACAGGCUCCAACAAAGGCAUCUCUCCCAUCCCAAUUAACCUGAGGGUCUACUCCCCACACGUGCUGAACCUGACCCUGAUCGACCUACCGGGAAUGACUAAGGUUGCCGUCGGAGAUCAGCCCGUAGACAUCGAGCACCAGAUCAGGGACAUGUUGUUGCAGUUCAUCACCAAGGAGAGCUGUCUGAUCCUGGCCGUCACCCCUGCCAACACUGACCUGGCCAACUCGGACGCUCUGAAGAUCGCCAAGGAGGUGGACCCACAGGGUCUGCGUACCAUUGGUGUUAUAACAAAACUGGACCUGAUGGAUGAAGGGACAGAUGCAAAGGACAUCCUAGAAAAUAAACUCCUGCCACUGCGCAGAGGCUACAUUGGUGUAGUGAACCGCAGUCAGAAGGACAUAGAUGGGAAAAAAGACAUUCGUGCUGCUCUGGCUGCAGAGAGGAAGUUCUUCCUGUCCCACCCUGCCUACAGACAUAUAGCAGAGCGUAUGGGCACACCACAUCUACAAAAGACACUCAACCAGCAAUUGACCAACCACAUCAGGGACACUCUGCCUGGUCUGCGUAGUAAGCUGCAGAGUCAGCUCCUCUCUCUGGAGAAGGAGGUGGAGGAGUACAAGAACUUCCGUCCAGAUGAUCCAACACGCAAGACCAAGGCCUUGUUGCAGAUGGUGCAGCAGUUUGGUGUGGACUUUGAAAAGUGCAUUGAAGGCUCCGGGGACCAGGUGGACACCAAUGAGCUAUCGGGUGGUGCAAAGAUCAACCGCAUCUUCCAUGAACGCUUCCCCUUUGAACUGGUCAAGAUUGUUUUUGACGAGAAAGAGCUAAGGCGAGAAAUCAGUCACGCAAUCAAGAACGUCCAUGGUGUCAGAACGGGGCUGUUCACUCCAGACCUGGCGUUUGAGGCCAUCGUGAAAAAGCAGAUCGUUAAGCUGAAAACGCCCUGUCUCAAAUGUAUCGAUCUGGUCAUUCAGGAGCUCAUCAACACAGUCAGGCAGUGCACCAACAAGCUAAACUCCUACCCCAGGCUGAGAGAGGAGACGGAGAGGAUUGUAACCACCCACGUCAGAGAAAGAGAAGGGAAGACUAAGGACCAGGUUCUGCUGCUGAUUGACAUUGAGCUGUCCUACAUCAACACCAAUCAUGAGGACUUCAUAGGCUUUGCUAAUGCCCAGCAGAGGAACACAGCUGCGAACAAGAAGAGGGCCAUACCCAACCAGCUUGGCGGACUGGGAGAGGGCCUCGAGGAGAAGGUGAUCAGGAAAGGCUGGCUAACCAUCAACAUCAGCAUCAUGAAGGGAGGCUCUAAGGAGUACUGGUUUGUCCUGACUGCGGAGUCCCUGUCCUGGUACAAAGAUGAGGAGGAGAAAGAAAAGAAGUAUAUGCUGCCGCUGGAUAACCUGAAGAUCAGAGAUGUGGAGAAAGGCUUUAUGUCCACAAAGCACAUCUUCGCAAUCUUCAACACUGAACAGAGGAACGUGUACAAGGAUCUUCGCCAGAUAGAGCUGGCCUGUGAUUCUCAGGAAGAUGUGGACAGCUGGAAAGCGUCCUUCCUCAGGGCAGGAGUUUAUCCGGAGAAGGACCAGACGGAGAAUGAAGAGGCUGCCCCCGCAGACACAUUCUCUAUGGACCCUCAGUUGGAGCGACAGGUGGAAACCAUCCGCAACCUGGUGGAUUCGUACAUCGGCAUCAUCAACAAAUCCACCAGAGACCUCGUGCCCAAGACCAUCAUGCAUCUCAUGAUCAACAGUGCAAAGGAUUUCAUCCACUCAGAGCUGCUGGCCUACCUCUACUCGUCUGGGGACCAGAACAGCCUCAUGGAGGAAUCGGCUGACCAGGCUCAGCGCAGAGACGAAAUGUUGCGCAUGUAUCACGCACUCAAGGAGGCACUGCACAUUAUUGGCGACAUCAGCACCAGCACCAUCUCCACCCCAGUACCCCCACCCGUAAAUGACACCUGGAUCCAAGAAGCAAGCCCAACCCCUCAGCGCAGGCCGCCUCCUGCAGCAGCCCCGGCCCCCAGCCGUCCACCUGCUGUUCGGGGCCCAACACCAGGACCACCCAUGAACCCUUCCCCUGCUUUUGGAGCCCCGCUCAAUCCCUCACCCGCCUUCGGGGCACCACCAAUCCCGUCUCGCCCAGGCCCACCCAUCAACGCUUUCAACAGCCACCAGGAUCCCUUCAGCGCACCUCCACAGAUCCCCUCCCGGCCAGCCCGCGUCCCACCCGGUGUUCCCAGCCGAAGACCCCCUGGCGCUCCUACUCACCGGCCCACCAUUAUCCGCCCUGCUGAGCCCUCCCUGCUAGACUAGACCCGUGGCCAAGCCCACCUUAAGUGUGUGUGUUUGUGUGUGGGUGUGUGUAUCUGCACACUAAAAGGCCAGGUGCGGGGGCUCGAGGGGAGGGGCUGACUGAUAGCCGUGCAUAAUGUGCAUUGUCCAGCCGUAUUAAUAUGUCUUGUCAAGCAAUGUAAUAAGCUGCUAAUACCAUCUUUAUCAGUGCACAUGAACAACACAAGGCCCGUAACCACUUGAAUAUUACAUUUGACUGCUGUGGAAAUUGUGUAAUACAAAAUGAAAACCCAGCUGAUCUGUGUGAUGCAUUUAGCUUCUAUCAGUAGGAGAUGAUGUAUCAUUUUUUUUUAUUAUAAUAACUGGUGUAUUUCCUCUGACAAGGUUCCCAGCAUAACUUAUUAACUAUUACAGGCUGGCUUUCCUCUCCCCUCCCGCCACCUUUUUAGAUUGGCCGAGACGCUCAAGUCUAGAUCUCUGUGUAAUAUACACACUUAACCUGUUGUUAAUGUUUUACUGGGUUUUCAUUUCCUAACUGAUUUCAUACUGAACAAUAGCUUAUUAUCAGUGUUGUUAUUUUGGUGGUGCCGAUUACUUUUUUUUUUCUCCCCCUUGUGUUAUUUUAUUUGAACGACUUUGUCCUUUUUAAUGAUCGUCAUAAAUGUAGCUUUAAAAAGUGAAAUCCUAAUCUCAGAUAAAAGCAAAGCCUGAAAAGACACAAGGCGGAGUUGCAUAAGACUUCAGAGAGUAGCUUCAGCCCCCACUGUGUGAAGCAUCCUUCCAAAAUGAAAAGAUGUCAGAUACAUUGACCAUUAUGAUCCAAGCACUUCUAGCCAUGUAGCCUUACAGCACGCCACUCAUAACUGGGAUGUUGUAGUCCGUUAGCACAACACUAUGCACAAAAAAAAACCCGGGAGAGGGAGGGAAACAGGCUGAAGGCUGUCUGCACUUUGUCGGAUGCUUUUCUCUCCAGUAAGUUUUUACAGCCUUGAAUUAUAAUCCCCUUCAGUCUCAGAUGAACCCCAAUGACACCUUCAGCCUUCAGGUAGACUUUGUUCAUUCCUGGAUUAACUGAUUCAUACAGAGCAGAGCACACAGCACAGUUUCCUCUCAGAGAGGAUAAAACGCGGGGUGUACAGACGAGGACGUGAUUCAGAGUAUAAAGAUGGUAUUAAGCAUUUAGGAGUUGGCACAUCUCUUUCUGGCCUUAGUUGUCAAGGACAUUUAUUAUCGCUAUAAGUUCUGCUUCAAUGCAUUUAAUAUAUUGUAUAUAGCUGGCCUAUACUGGGGAGUUAGCACUUGUAUUUCAUUUAAUCACAGGGUGGACAACAAAAACACGCUAUUAAUUCUAAUUGAAGCCCAACACGUUAAAAUGCGACUGUAGUGGUCAUGUUAAAGGAAGCACUAACACUGUCACUUCAUACGUUGGCCUUGGUUGUGGGGAAAAAGAGAUCGGUCAUCUCCUGAUGCAUUAUUUAUAACCUGGGCAUUUGUCAUUUCUUUUUGAUGUUUUUGGUUGCAAUUGUAUCAGCUCUGUACAACUCCCCAGUUUCUCCUGGACUUUUGCUACAGGGAUUAGCUGUCUAGAUGUGUGGAAAAGGCACCCGGGGCUGGACACCAUCUACACAGCUGUGGUUAUUUGAUAAUAAUGAUACCUUUUGAUUGCUCUGUGAGGGUAUUUGACCAUUUUCUUUUUGUUAAAACAUCUUAGGAGUUUGGGGGAAACUGGUCAAGCGGGAAGUGACGUUGGGCUACUAGGAUGUUUUCUGUUUUAGGUUUGAUCAGUAGUUGUGGUGAGCAGGUGGUGGGAUUUGUGGUGUAUGAAGGCACACUCUGUCUAGACUUUUCUCUGUUCUCGCCACAGAGGAUAGAAACUUAAUUAGCUAACCUGACAAGACAAAGAAACGGUAGAGAAUUCAAAACCGUCUCAAACCACAGACUCUUCAGACAGAGUAUGCCUUCUUCCCUUGUAUUCCUCUCCAGGUCUGGCUCUCAGUGACAGUGCCAGCAGGAUUGAAAUAAGUUUAUGAAACCACUCAGAUGCUUUUGAUUGAAGACCCUUCACGUUAAAUCUUUCACAAACCCCGGUACACAAAAGUUAGCUCAUGUGAUAAAACUUUUUAUUGGCCAAAGUUUGCUGAAAUCCCGUUGUGCCUGUCACUUCAGCCUGCCCUUGGGAAGCCCAGACUGUAAUGCCCUGUAAUACAUUAGGCUGUGGCGAUACUGCCUUCCUUCCUAAUAGAUGUCCCCUGCCUCCUUCCUCUUUCCUUCCCCUGUCUGGAUCUGGUGGAAGGGGUUGGAAACCAACCUGCAAAAAUCUCUUUUCUUUUUGUUUUGCAAACCCUUGUCAAGUGCCUCUGUAGCAAUUAAUUGAUUUGAAUAAACAUCAUGAACUGAUUUAGGAUGGAGAGUAAAUAAAGAGGUGUUGUGUACAAUAAAGGGACUGGCUCUGG